UGGGGUCACGUGACUUGGUGCCACGGCGGAGAAAGAGGCUCGGCAACUUCUUGGAGAAGUUUAUAACAUAAACAUGAAAGUUUUCGUGUUACUUUUUGGAGUACUAUACCAGGUUCUUGGCAUCGAGAUCGUCCAAAAGGUUGAUGAAGACAUAUUUGAUAAAACGGGAUGGAUAACCCACCGUUGCCAUGGUACCGAGGUCGGGUUUGGCUACUCGGGAACCUUGGAUCUACAUUACCAGAAUCUGAAGAAUCGGUACCAGGACUGCACGUAUGUCCAUGGUAACCUGGAAAUCACCAAUCUAGACGAUCCCCAAAUAGAGUAUGACCUCAGUUUCCUGUCCAAGAUCCGCUACGUCAGUGGGUAUAUUCUGAUUGGCUUGGUGACGGAGAUCGCGAGGAUACCCUUGACGUCCCUGGAGGUUGUCAGGGGCAACAACACAUACCGUGUGAGAGGGGAGGAGUACAGUCUCAUCGUGGCUCUGACGUCACGAUUCCCUGAUGUCAACGUUGGUCUGAAGGAGCUGCAUAUGCCGUCCCUGAAAGAGGUGACUAUGGGGAAAGUGUUGUUUUCCCAGAACCCCGCGCUCUGCUACGUCGACACCAUCGACUGGGACACCAUCACCCACGGCAGAAACAACUCCAUCAACUUCGGGGAGCUGGCCUCUUCAGAAACAUGUGACAACUGCUCUGACGAGUGUGACGUGGACGGCAUCCGGCGGUGCUGGUCGUACGACAUCUGUCAGGAGGUGAACACCGAGAGAUGUGAGGAGUCCUGCCCCUACCGCUGCUUCGGGCCUGAGGUGGGGCAGUGUUGUCACGCCACCUGUGCUGUCGGCUGCACGGGACCCACGGAGCGUGACUGUCUGGCCUGUAAAGACUACCACUACAAUGACCACUGUACAUCCCACUGUCCUGACAAGAGCUACCCUCGCAACCAAGAGUGUAUACCCUUCUGAGGGCAAUGGUUGCAACAAUUAUCAAUCAACAGCCUUUAGGUAGCAGUGAAUUCUCAAAUGUCAUGAAAAUCAAGACGAAAAAUGAAAUGACCACUUACUGCAUCCAUCGUAAAGAAUAUCGACCAACGUUAAAGGGAGUCAUCGUGAGAUACCCAAAGACUGGAAGAUCUAAAGUAACACGUGACAAGAAUACGUCACAAUAUUAAUCUUUUUUUUACACCAGUCUUAUCACAACCACUAUCUUUAUUGAACGUAUCCCGUGAAACAACGAUUAUGCUAAAAAUAAUGGAAAAUAUAAGACUUGCUUGGGGAUUGAGCAGCGCUUGGAAUAAGCGCUCGAUGUCUACCUUUAAAGUAGAACUAAGCUCCACGGCCUGCUGGUGCGAGAUUUCCUAGUCUUGGUCAUAUAACAUAACGUUGUAAAUGUAACGCUGGAAGAUUGUCAUAGUGUCAUGGAAAUGACUGACUUACUGGUUACUAUAUAGCACAAUGUGUGAGAUUGCAGACAAAGAAAAGGGUGUUUUAGCGACUUGAAUCAAAGGUGGCGAUGGGAUAAGACCCUUUUCCCAGUGGAAAUGUCCACUAAAAUUUUAAAGUUGCGGAAAACAAAGAUAUGUGGGUGUGAAAAUUAUCAAAUGAACUAUCCAUUGCAAACAAAUCGUAUUGUACGUACUGACAGAACUAAAAUUCUGGUAUUUUUUACAACGUAGUAAUGCAUUUAUAUAAUUUUAAGAAAUCAUAUGUGUGACAGUUGUUAUAUUAAUUACAUAUAUUGAACAUCAUUUAAUCAACUCUUCAUCCUGCAAGUGUCUAUGCAAUUAUUGUUGUAAUCGUUGUCUGUAUGUUGUAAUUAUUUGUUUUGAUGUUGUAUUCGUGCACAGUUUGAAUAAUGAAUAUAUUAUGGGUGAAUUUCUGUAUUGAAGAACGAAUCAAUUCAACGCAUUUGUUACCAUGUUUAUUUUCUUACCACGCCUAUUUAUGAAUUAUCAGUUAUAAGGAUGGACACAGCCCUCUUUGUUGUAGGAUGUCCCCAGAGCAGCGGUGUUAAACACGAUGUUUAGGUACAAGCGUGCUAUUGUAACUCAGACUUUUUUAAUAUUUCUUUUGUUUUUUGUAUAUAUUAGUUUGACUGUUUUCAACACAAUUCUAACACGAAUGGGUUAUUAAAUUCACCCGGAGUAAAAUGAAUAGAAGUUUUCAGUCAGUGUUUAUCUUUUCAUAAUUCAAAUGGAACGACAUUAUUUUCAUAAAAUAUUGUGUUUCAGGUACCGUUAUGUGUUCAUCAUUUAAGGUAAUUCAAUUUAAAUUUAAUCGAUUUGGGAAUAGUCGAUGAAACGGUUUCGAAUUUAUGCGUUCUUGUUCUCAAGUUUAAGUAUUCUUAGUUUGAGUCCACUGACAGUAGAGGCAUCUAUGUUAAAGUUAUUUUCUGAUUGUGUUGACAAAACUUGUUGGAAGUGAUGUUCAACCCAGGGCCCUGUUUCACAAGCGGUCGUAUCGUUAAGAACUGUCGCGAGUCUAUGUUGAACUAUUGGAACUGGGGCCGAGUGUUGUGUGGGCCAAAAUAAACUACCUGUUAAAGAAAGAUGAAAAACAGUAAUAUUAUUGAAAACAAAUAUUGUCGGUUUUGUUGAGGAUUCGAACGCAAUGAAAGUCCUUAGAUUUAUUUAAACGUCCUCCCUAACCAAAGGAUUAAUCAUCAAUAAUGUGAACGUAUUGUGUUGUUUAUCGAGUUACAGGUGUAAACUUCACACGCACGUAUCCAGACAUUUUUCCAUAUGUACGAACCCAACACACCAUGUUGUUGUUCUGUAAUUCAUAAGAUUACUUUUGACUCAAUAAACAUUGAUUUUACUUCU